AUGGAUGGGCUUGAUCUACAAAGUACAGUAAUUAGUGUUAGUAAUGAGAGAAAUAAAGAAAAUAUACCAGAAAAGCACAAGCAACCCAGCAAAAUAGCACUAUAUGCAAACAUCUACAGCUCGCUAACAGAAGCAUAUGAAAGAAUAGAUAGCAAUAAGAUAAAAUACGUAGUAUUUGCAAUUCUAUAUGCUCUGGCUAUAGUAGUUUGCAUCACAGGAAACUAUAUAUCGAUUAAAUACACCUUGCCAGCCUAUCUUCUGCUUUAUAGUGCAGUUUUGCUAAUGAUGCCAAUAUGCGAAGACAAUGAAAGCGUAUAG